CGCUCACUGUGCCACACGCCAAGAUGACUGCGAGCUCUGUGUGGUGCAGCCCUACUCUGCUGCUGCUGCUGCUCUUCUCCCCAGCCCUGUGGGCAGCGGAGAUUUCCUGCAGGAAUGAAGACGGGGAGGCAGUGGACUGGUUUGUUCUGUACAAGCUGCCAAAGCACACCAAAGGAGGUGGCACAGGGCUGGGCCUGGAGUACCUGUACAUGGACAGCCUGGCACAGCAGUGGCAGCUCGGCAGGUACCUUGUCAACAUGACGCAGGGUGCUCUGGGACAGACACUGGGGCAGCUCUACAAAGCGUACGAGUCCAAGAGGAACAACACUGUGUAUGCGAUCUAUAAUGAUGAGGUCCCUCAUUCAGGCUCCAUCAACGGGAAAAGAGGACACACCAAAGGAUUUCUGCUCUUGGACAAAUCACAAGGCUUCUGGGUGAUCCACAGUGUGCCCUUGUUCCCUCCCUUCCCUGAGGAUGGCUACGGUUACCCAGCCAGUGGGGAGUCCUAUGGACAGACAGCCAUCUGCAUAACCUUCUCAUAUGAGCAGUUCAUAGAAAUAGACCAACAGAUGCUGAGCUCUAAUCCAGAAAUCUACAGCUGCUCCCUCCCUGAUACCUUCCAAGCCGAUCUCCCAAACCUGCAAAAGCUCUGCUCAGGCUCCAGGCUGCCCUCGGGCCCCCUGCGCCGCCUCUCCAAGCUGCAGUCAGCACAUGGGGAAGCCUUUCUCCACUUUGCAAAGUCUCGUUCUUUCGUGGAUGAUAUCUACGUGGCCUGGGUGGCUCAGGAACUGAAGACUGAUUUGUUGGCUGAAUCCUGGCAGCACUCUGGCCAAAAGCUUCCCUCAAACUGCUCUCUCCAGUACUACGUCUACAACAUAAAUCUCAUAGGGACGCCACUGAAUUCCACCUUCCAUUCGAUCCUGGAUCAUUCCAAAUGGUCUGUUUCAAUGAAGGAAGAAGUUCAGUGGACCUGCAUUGGGGACCUUAACCGCGCUGUUGAGCAAGCUUGGAGGAGUGGUGGGUUCAUCUGUACACAGAACAAACACAUCUACAGUGCUUUUAGACGUUUGGUGAUCAACUAUGAAAGUUGCAAUGAUGCUUCCACGUGGAUAUAAAUGGACUGUUCCUCCCAAACAGC